UUAAAGCUCUUAACACUAAUGUUUAAUUUUUUUUAAAUAGUUAUUUAUAUUUUACAGAUAAUAAGUAUUAGACAGUAUUAUAAAAUGUUUUACAAGACAUUUAUUUUAAUGAUGACUACAUUUAUGAUAGUUAUCUUAAGUAUUCAUUUAGCAAAUGGAGACUGUUCCUCUCCUUUCAAGACGGGUCAGUGUAAGGCAUCAAAGGUUCGCUAUUACUGUAAUGCCAGCACCGGUAGGUGUGAGACAUUUAUAUAUGGAGGUUGUGGUGGCAAUGAUAACAACUAUAAGACUGAAGAUGAUUGCUAUACUAAUUGUAAAACUAUAUUACAACAUUUAUCUUAUACUUUUACUGGAAACAUGUCUACUAAUAAGUUAAUAUUAUUAUUUAUAUUUGUGAUUAUUAAUUAUUUAUACAUGGUAGAUUUAUUGAAACUUGAUUGUAUAUCUCCAGCGGUUACAGGUAUGUGUAAAGCCUAUAUUCGGCGCUGGUAUUGCAAUCCAAGCACCGGUAGAUGCGAACAGUUUGUCUAUAGCGGGUGCGGUGGUAAUGGCAAUAACUAUCGCAACGAAACCGAGUGCUAUAAUUGUCAAUCACUACCAUUUAUGGGUAACUGCAAAGCCCACGAAAAGCGCUGGUAUUGCAAUCCAAGCACCGGUAGAUGUGAACCGUUUGUUUAUGGCGGCUGCGGUGGUAAUGGCAAUAACUACUACAAUGAAAGCCAGUGUUACUUCGUUUGCAAUUACAAGUCUGGAUGUCCUAACAUUUAG